AUGAAGCCGCUCUGAUUGGUUGGAGGCCACAAGAAUUUCGAGACGAGGACGUCAUCGUACCUUACGGACGAGCGGACCAACCAAAGGGAAGAUUAGAUGUCCUUAGAAUGUCGGAUAGUUCGUUUCUCACACGGGUUGUUGGUUUUGUUUUUUGUUUCAAACUCCCAAUACAACCCGUUUUGCGUUCCGUCUUUUGUCCCCCAGCUGAGCUGAGCGGUCGGGCGGCCCGUCAGAGGUGAGCGACCCUCAUUGGGCAGCCGGUCGUCGUUCGUUGUGGAGCACGUGACACCGACGCUCAGCCAAUGGGAGCUGGAGCCCGGCGCGCCGUCGUCCAAUAGGAACCGAGCUGUCGAGAAGCUCCGGAUGCCUCCGCUUUGCUCCAUUCAAUUCAGUCGACGCGGAACGGGACGAAGCUCCGAAUGUUUGGACGCUCGGGCCACUUUCAAGUCCAGCGAACUCCGGUCGAGCAACAAUUGAGUGGCGUCGUAGCCGGGCAAGAAAACGAGCGGAGCCCGUUCCGCAAAAGGGGAAAUUCAUUUUCCAAACGCGGCAUGACAGUUUCGCCGCUGCUGGCCUGAGGCCGCAGGUCGGAGGUCGGGAGGUCGGAGGUCGUCCACGAGAAUGCGGCGACGCGGCGUUCGCGUGUAACGAGCGGAGGACGACGAAAACGACGGCGCCAUGAAGGACAAAUCCAAAAACGCGGCCCGGACUCGACGUGAGAAAGAGAACAGCGAAUUUUCCGAGCUCGCCAAACUGUUGCCGCUCCCGUCGGCCAUCACGUCCCAGCUGGACAAAGCCUCCGUCAUCCGCUUGGCGACGAGCUACCUCAAAAUGAGGAGGGUGUUCCCUCAAGCAGGCCUCGGCGAGUCGUGGGGCCGGGUGAGCCGCGGAUGCUCUCCGGAUGCUCUCAGCCAGGAAUUAGGUUCCCACCUCCUGCAGACAUUGGAUGGCUUUAUUUUUGUGGUUGCUCCAGAUGGGAAAAUAAUGUACAUAUCAGAAACAGCCUCGGUCCAUUUGGGUCUGUCUCAGGUUGGUUUAACAAAGGUGGAGUUGACAGGAAACAGCAUAUUUGAAUACAUUCAUCCUGCAGACCACGAUGAGAUGACAGCUGUCCUCACAGCACACCAGCCUUACCAUUCACACUUUGUGCAAGAAUAUGAAAUGGAGCGCUCAUUCUUCCUGAGAAUGAAAUGUGUCCUUGCAAAAAGAAAUGCUGGGCUUACAUGUGGCGGUUACAAGGUGAUUCACUGCAGUGGCUACUUGAAAGUCCGCCAGUACAGUCUGGACAUGUCUCCAUUUGACGGUUGUUAUCAGAACGUUGGGCUGGUGGCUGUCGGUCACUCGUUACCACCCAGUGCAGUCACAGAGAUCAAACUGCAUAGCAACAUGUUCAUGUUUAGAGCCAGUCUGGACAUGAAGCUCAUCUUCCUCGACUCACGUGUUGCAGAACUUACAGGCUAUGAGCCACAAGAUCUAAUAGAGAAGACCCUCUAUCAUCAUGUCCACAGCUGUGACUCCUUCCAUCUGCGCUGUGCGCAUCAUUUGUUGCUUUUGAAAGGGCAAGUCACCACUAGGUACUACCGUUUCUUGGCCAAACAUGGUGGCUGGGUGUGGGUUCAGAGUUAUGCAACCGUCGUACACAACAGUCGCUCAUCCCGACCUCACUGCAUUGUCAGUGUCAACUACGUUCUCACGGAGACGGAGUACAAAGGCUUCCAGUUCUCUCUGGAUCAGGUCAUGUCCAAGGUCUCCUUCACUUUCAGCAGCAACACAGCAAGCAGCCUUACAGAGAUAGGCAGAGCCACCAAAAGCAGAGUAUCCCGCCCCAAAACCAAAGCUAGACUUUCACCAUACAGUCAAUGUCCAAGUUUUCAGACAGAGCGGUCAGACUCAGGUCAGGAUAGUCCCUGGAGGGGAAGCCUCCUUACUGACACGGCCACCCCACAGAUGCUGGAGACAAAUGAAGGCAUGGACACCUCCUAUGCGUACAAGCGGUUCACUGAUCCUGAUCCCCUGUGCUUCAGUGCGUCUGAAGAGCAGCGUCGUACCGGUGACGGCCACAAACACGUCCGUGUGCACGCUCAAGGUCGAAGUUGUGAGCGGGGUCGAUGUAAGGCUGGGCGAUAUUUCCUUGGAGUGCCUCCUCCCAGCAGCGACACGUGGUGGAGUAAAACAAGGGCAAUCUUGCCCCUAAGCAAAGGCUCUGUGGAAAACCAUGAAGGAUAUGACCGCUGCAUGCCACAUAUCACGGCAGUCCCCAGCUACGACGGUCUGAGUCAUUGGGAUGAAGACAGUGUGUUGAGCUCUCCAGAGAGAGGCUCCACCAGCGACGCAGGAAAUCUCCAGCGAACUGAACAGUUCAGAUUCAGCCCAAAGGAACCCAGUAAGAUGGACACACUUAUACGAGCAACACAUCAUAUGAUCAAGGAGGAAGAAAGUCGACUUCAACUACAAAAGGGUCAUCCAAACACUCCUCUGGGGCAGGUCAAUGGACUGUUAAACAGCGCCGGUCUCUGCUGUACCUCAGAGUAUAGUCAAAGGCCAAUACAGGCCGUGGUGUGUCACGGUUUGAGUCACGUGAUUAGCCCGGUGCGCAGCCCCGCCCACUUGUCAAGGCUCAGCCCAGCGUGUGAAACCCUCAGCAAGUCCAAAGACUACCUCCAGACAGACCUGAGCCCACGUUCUUUCCAAUUACAUUACCCGUGUGGUCGACCGGGCCCAGCUUCAGAUUCUCCCGCCCAGGCCCCAGCUCUGUACCCGCCGCACACCCACUUUAAGCCAUACUUGGAAAAGCCUACGUCUUACCCCCUGACAAGCUAUGCUCUUGAUCACCUCUACGACCAAGAGAGUCUCCGAGCCUACUGCGCUCCUGCCGACACGGAUUUGACCCCUCACCUCCACAUGCCAGCGGAACAGACACCCGGACACAAAGGCACCUCUGUCAUUAUCACCAAUGGCAGCUAACGCUCAUUUUACCCACACACUGGGACUGACGGCAGUAACCCCCGUGACUGGCUGGUUAGCCCCCAUAAAGUAUUGCUAUUUUGAUUCAGGCUCCUCUAUGCUUAUCAUGCUGACGUUCUCUGAAAAUGACUUCUCGGUACUGUAGAGUUAAAGUUUAGAACACGUAAAACACGCACGUGUUUUUUCCUAAUCUUAAGAUUUAAGCAGUAAUAAUAAUGAUGAUGAUAACCAGAUCUCAUUUCUGACUGGUAGACUGCACACCGAGCGACACGACUGCACGCCACUGAACUGUCCGCAAUUAUGUGGGUUUCUGAAACUAGCUUUCGUAAGUGGCCGACUGCCUACGACGAGUUUUGCUUUGAUUCGGAAUUUGAACUGCACGGUAACAGCUUUGCAAAGUCGCAACUUUAACAACCCAUCAAAAAUGUCACGUUCAAUCACAUGAUCUUUAGCAACAAAAAUGACGUUUCCUGGUAUGAAGCAACAUCCAGCCGGCCGCUGCCAAGCCGUACAAUUCAGUAACAGCAAAUGGGUCACUUUCAUAUACUUUCAUCGAUAAUGGUAAAGACACUUGCAAAUUUUACAUUUAUUUAAAAAAAUGUUUUUUUUAUUAAAGCCGCCUUUGGUUUUGUAUGAGUAAAUGUCUCCCAUGCUGAAAGAGCCAGGCUUCAAGUCCUAUUUUCAAAAUGUUAUUGAUGAUUUAAAAUGAAAGAAAACCCUUAUUGACAGAGCAAAUGGUGGUGGCCCAUUGAAAUACACUUCGUUUGAUAACCGUAAAGGCGAAAGUGCGGAACAAUAAAGAUGGAAAGAGCUUCGUAAAAAUCGUGUAAGUUGAACACUUUACGUGUUGCCCUUCAAACUCUGCAGUUACAGGUGCAUAAAUGAUCCUAACUACUCAUUAAACCUAUGACGCGCUCGUGUUUAUAAAAUUUAAAUCAUGGUAAAGACAUGCAAUAGUUACGACGCUUUCACAAAUUCAUGCAUAUUCAUUGAUAUCUAUGAAAUAACGCCAUUUAUUUUGUUGUCUGCUACUCCUGCUGAUCUGCUGGAGUAUUGCAACGACAUAAUGAGGUUCUCUCCACUAGCAUUAACGAUAAAUACAGCUUCAGUGCUAAAGAAGGACCCUUUGUAAAAGAACCAAACAACUCUGAAGAAACUAAAAUGCAUUUGUUGGGAGAUUUAAUUAGCAACUUCAGAAAACAUGUUGAAAAUGAUGAAACUUCAUUUCGGACACCUAAUGGGAAAGGCAAUUUGGCAUUAAAAGUGUGAAAAAUAUAACUUGAGAAUAUUUGUUUUCUUAGAAACGAUGAUGACUUUUAACUGCCAAUUAUGACAUACUCUGUCACCAAACUACACCAGUGUUAGUGUUGUCCCUGAACGAGUUCAAUGAACUAGUUGAUAUUUUGUGCAAGCGUGAACUGAACUUAGAACUACUUUGCGUAGAAAAUGAACUUUCCUAACACUGAUGUGUACAGCCAACAGUAUCUCAAAUAUCCACACACUCUCUCUCUCUCUCUCUCUCUCUCUCUCUCUCUCUCCCCUUUGUUUUUGAUUGUUUCUUCUCUUUGUAGCAUUAUAAUAUAGCUACAGUGUCCUGGGUAAUCCGCUUCUUGUGUGGUGUCCCAAAAUGAGGUUUUGUGGGUUUUUCGGUUGCAGCGUGUCGGUAGCUGUGCAGUGGGGAGUCGGCGACUGGAAUUGGUUCCUUUCAGUUUGGUUCAGUCGCGUCGCUCUGUGUGCGGCAGCCCAAAGAAAGAUUUAACUGCCAUUUUACGAGAUCAAGCUUCAAACUGUUUUUUAAGUGCAUUAGAGCACUGAACCUCUACAACGCUACAAAAUAUGUGUUAUAGUUUCCAGAUAUGCAGGUGGACAGGAAGAACAACAUUAACAACAAAAUAAGCAUCGAUACCAUUGAUUUCAAAAUCGCGACUAUAUAAGAAUCUGAGUCAGGUUCUUUGUUGGGGUUCUCUUUGUCCAUUUCAAGGUUUGCAUUUUACUUAAACUUGAAUGAACAUUGUAUUCAAAUCACUCUGAUAAAUGCACAUUCUUUGAGUAAAUACAGUAUAAUGACAACAAUGGGAUUGGGUCUAUGCUUCAACCUCGUUUCCAUCCGUGCAAUUCUUCACUUUGUGCAAAACCUUGUGCUGUUUUUAUCAAAGCUUUUGGUUGAGAUGAAAUAAAAGUUGCCUGUGGUACACUUUGCAGUGAUGCAUAUGAAACAUCUCUGGUAUACAGUGGGCACGGAAAGUAUUCAGACCCCUUAAAUGUUUCACUCUUUGUUCGAUUGCAGCCAUUUGCUAAAAUCAUUUAAGUGCUUAGGAAAGCUGCCACACACCUGUCUAUAUAAGACCUUACAGCUCACAGUACAUGUCAGAGCAAAUGAGAAUCAUGAGGUCAAAGGAACUGCCUGAAGAGCUCAAAGACAGAAUUGUGGCAAGGCACAGAUCUGGCCGAGGUUACAAAAAAUAAUUCUGCUUCAUUUAAGCAUUCAUAAGAGCACAGUGGCCUCCAUAAUCCUUAAAUGGAAGACGUUUGGGACGACCAGAAGACUUCCUAGAGCUGGCCGUCCGGCCAAACUGUGCAAUCGGGGGAGAAGAGCCUUGGUGAGAGAGUGUCAAGAAGCACCCAAAGAUCACUGCGGCUGAGCUCCAGAGAUGCAGUCGGGAGAUGGGAGAAGGUUCUAGAAAGUCAACCAUCACUGCAGCCCCCCACCAGUUUGGGCUUUAUGGCAGCGUGGCCCGACAGAAGCCUCUCCUCAGUCUGGCAGAGGAUCUCCAAAUCCAGGUGUGAAAAACUUGUUGCAUCAUUCCCAAAAAGGCUCAUGGCUGUAUUCGCUCAAAAGGGUGCGUCUACUAAAUACUGAGCAAAAGGUCUGAAUGCUUAUGGCUGUGUGAUAUUUCAGUUUUUCUUUAACAAAGCUGCAUGAAUUUCAACAAUUUCGUUUUUUUUCUCUGUCAAUAUGGGGCUGCUGUGUGUACAUUAAUGAGGAAAAAAAAUAACUUGCAUGAUUUUAGCAAAUGGCUGUAAAAAAUUGAAGGGGUUUGAAUACUUUCCGUACCCACUGUAUCAUUGUAAACUGACUAAUAUGCAAAUCUUUUAUCGCGGUGCGUGCUGGAGCCUAUCUCCGCUAACUUUGCUCGAGAGGCGGGGUACACCCUGAAUUGGGCGCCAGCCAAUCGCAAGGCACAUGCAGCGGCUGAAAUGAGUAUUGAACACGUCACCGUUUUUCUCACUAAAUAUAGUUCCAAAGGUGCUAUUCACCUGAAAAUUUCACCAGAUGUUGGGAACAACCCAAAUAAUCCAUGCAUGCAAAGAAAGAAGAACUAAGCUCAGAAACUAAUGCGUGUGUAAAAAUGUGAAAUGACACGGGGAAAAAGUAUUGAACAUAUGAAUAAAGGGUGGUGCAAAAUGGCAUGCAAUGCCAAGACAACGCCUAAAAUCUAUCAAUAAUCAAACAGCAAUCCAGCCUCUUGCCAGUGCAAAUGAAUAUCAGAUGGUGCAGUCCUAAUUGAUGGCUAACGAAAAGGUCUCAUUGCCAAGAUGUGAGUCAAGACGCUCAUCUCAUGAUGGGUAAGAGCAGAGAGCUUUCUGAAGACCAUCGCAAAGUAGUUGUUGCAAGACAUAACGAUGGCAUUGGUUACAGGCGCAUAUCUAAACUUCUGACUGUUCCAGUGAGCACGGUUGGAGCCAUAAUACAUAAGUGGAAAGCCAAUCAUACCACCAUAAAUUUGUCUCGAUCAGGUGCUCCUCGCAAGAUUUCCGACCGAGGAGUGCAAAGAAUAAUCAGAAGAGUUGUCCAAGAGCCAAGGACCACCUAUGGAGAGCUUCAAAAAGACCUGGAAAUAGCAGGUCCUGUUGUCACAAGGAAAACAGUGAAUAAUGUACUCCGCCGCCAUGGCCCAUGAUUUAUUUGUUCUACUUUCUUUGCAUGUAUGGAUUACUUGGGUUGUUAAAAAAAAAAAAAAAAAAAAACUUCAGUCUUGAUGUCACUGGCUCAGGCUGACAAUGUGUCCGUACAGCUGCUGUAAGAAGCCCGGAAGAGAGAACUUGCACCCUCUCUCUGCCAGCUUGUCCCAUGUCCCCGCGGACAAAAUGGGCCAAAAUCACACCAGAGGAAUGCAUGCGACUAGUUUCUCCGUACAGGAGGUGUCUUGAAGCUAUCAUUGCAAACAAGGGCUUUUGUACAAAGUAUGAAAUAAAUACCAAUUGGUGUGUUCAAUACUUUUCCCCUGUGCCAUUUCACAUGAUUACACACAACUUAAUUUCUGAUCUUAUUUGUUCUACUUUCUUUGGAUGUAUGGAUUCCUUGGGUUGUUCCCAACAGCUGGUGGAAUUUUCAUGUCAACAGCACCUUUUGGAAAUAUCUUUAGAGAGAAAAAUGGUGACGUUAAUUACGUAUUCCAGCCGCUGUAUCACCAAACAAUCAUUCACACUCACAAUUCAGACCUACGGGCAAUGUAGAGUCUUUAAUUUACCUACCGGGUCCUCAGAACUGUGAGGCAGAUGUGCUAACCAGUCGGCCACUGUGCCACCCUCGUAUAAUGUAGUUGAACAGCAAUACGGAUUCAUUACACUUAUGACGCUCAUAGAUGCGAAGUGAUAAACAAGGGAACUUGUUACUCUUAUCAUGCCACAAGAUGUCUGCAGCUUCAUACACUGGAUGAAAGUAAUGAUUGUCGUGACAACAAAACUACCACAAAGUUACACAAUAAAAAUUAUGCACUCUUUCCAUAGUAGCCAUUUGACAAUUACUGCAGGGAGAUAUGCAAUUUGACCUGUUUAAAUACCAAGGACAGCUUCACUACUAAAGGCCCCGAAGCAACCAUUUUGAUCUUAUAUGGGCUAGAGGCCUAUGGCCUCGUUCGUACCCAGGAUUUUCGUUUUUGAAAUGUAAUCUUAUCAUGAGCUAAAUUAUGUCCUCAGUCUCUGUUAUUUAUGGUGUCUUGUAAAUAGACCCAAUCGAUAGUACCUAGCAUGUUUUGAGCACCAUGUCAUUUUGGAUAUACUGUAUCUAUAUUUCUUUAUUGUAUUCUUUAUUGUAUUGUUUUAUAUAUAUAUAUAUAUAUAUAUAUAUAUUUCUUUAUUUUUUUUAA